AGAAAAAACAACGGACUCGGGGCGCUUCCUUGUUAAGAAAAGUGAAAUAAUUUUUGGGCAGAUUUUCAUUUUAUGAUAUUUUACUGAAUAUCAAGAAAAAAUGCCUCGUAGAAACGAGAUCCCAGAAGGGAUCCGGUCGAAAGUUGUAGAUAUGCACAACGCCGGGAUGGGAUAUAAACUGAUUUCAAAGAGUUUGGAGAUUCAUCAUUCCACAGUUAGGAAGAUUAUCCAUAAAUGGAUACGGUUUAACACUGUGGCGACCCUUCCGCGGAGUGGGAGACCCACGAAGAAGCCUCCUAACAGGACACAGACAGCACAGCUAGAGGCUGAUCAUGCUGGACCAGCCAGAGAUAAAGGAGGAGAUAAAGUCGAUUCUGAGUCAGCUGGACCAGCACAUCUUAUAAAGAAAGCUCCAGAUAAGAAAAUGAGAGAGUUCAGCAGUGACUGUGAGGAUGCCGACACUGCAGACUCCUCUCCUGAUACUGAUGAAGAAGAUCCCAUGCUCAGGGUCCUGUUUCCCACAACAACAAAGGAUGCUAGAGAAGAUGCAGACCACAAAAGGCAUAAAAAUUCAGCUUCAUGUGAUGAUCCCCCAGAAGAAGAUCCAAUGGAGCAGAUAUUUGACCCAAACUUUGACGGGGAGAAGAAGAUAUUUUCCGGUUCUUCAGUCAGUGUGAGGGCUCUCCUCCUCCUCCUCUUGGCCUUCAUCCUGAAGCACGACUUGUCAAAAGCAGCCACCAAAGACCUCCUGGCGCUCCUCAACCUCGUGGUGCCUGGAUGCAUUCCCAGCUCUCUGCGGUUUUUAAAGAAACAUUUGACUGAUAUUGACAAGACGACGGAGAUCCACUUGUACUGUCCCAGGUGUGAAAACUACCUCGGUCUCGAGCCUGGGACUGAGUGCGGAGUGUGUCAGCAGCGGUUGAGCAAAAAAAGUCUGCUUGAAAAAGCCAACUACUUCCUCGUGAUGCCGCUAGAGAUCCAGCUGAGGAAAGUCCUCACACGCGUUCACUCAAAGCUGGGGAAGCAUUUUACGAGGGGCGAUUCGGUUUCUGAUAUUAACACCGGAGGUGAAUAUAAGCAUGAUGAGCAGGAGGGCAGCAUUACACUUACCUUCACAUGUGAUAGCUCUCCUCUUCUCAAAUCAUCCAAGUUUUCAGUCUGGCCCAUCCUGUGCACGAUCAACGAACUUCCAUACGUGGAGCGGUGUAAAAAUGUUCUGCUGCACACGUUGUGGUUCGGUAAAGGAAAGCCACUGCUACAGUGUUUCUUUACGCCGUUCAUUAACGAACUCCAUAAACUGUCUAACGAGGGCUUCACUUGGGAAGAUGAGAGCGGUUUAGAGCUGAACACCAGAGUGGCAGCGAAAAUCUGCGUCUGCGAUUCGAUGGCGAGGUCAGCGGUGCAGAACUUUCAGCCGUUCAGUUCGGAGUUUGGCUGUGGGUUCUGCUACCACAAAGGUGAGCUGGUUCAGAAGGGCCGGGGUUACACCAGAGUGUAUCCUGUUCAGAUUGAUGGGUGUGACCUGCGCCACAUGGCUGAGACAGAGCAGCUGGCCACCUUAGUGAUCGAAAAUGGGUAUCCGCAAGGUCAAAUGGGUGUCAAAGGUCACAGUCCGCUGCUUCUCUUGCCUGCGUUUGACGUUAUCAAAGGUUUUAUCCCAGAUUACAUGCACUGUGUUUGUCUCGGGGUUGUUCCUGAGUUUGUCAACCGUUGGUUGGACCCCCUUUAUGGCAGAAAGCGUUUCCACCUUCCACCUCAGAGUUUGAAGGACCUGGACAAAGCUUUGUGUGCCAUCCAACCCCCAGAUGAGAUUAGACAAAGACCUCGGCGCCUCAGUGAGAGAAUGCAUUGGGAAGCAUCUGAGUGGAGAGCGUUUGCUCUUCUCUACUCUCCUGUAAUACUGUGUAAAGUUUUACCAAAGCUGUACUACAAACACUGGAUGCUUCUUGUUUCAUCACUUCAUGUCCUCCUCUCCCAGUUUGCCACCCAGGAGGAGAUCAGCUGUGCAGAGUUAUGCCUCGUUCAGUUCGUCUCGCAGGUUCCUUCUCUUUAUGGGCUCGAGCACUGCUCAUUUAACUGCCAUUUGCUGAUGCAUCUCACUGACUGUGCCCGUAACUGGGGUCUGCUGUGGGCCAACUCGGCCUUUGUCUUUCAGGACGUCCACAGCAGACUCCUGCAGAUGUACUCCAGGACUCAGUCUGCGUCAUCGCACAUUUUUAAGCAGUUUGUUUCCUAUGAUGAGAUCGUCAGUAAAGGAAGUGAUGUGCUGAAGGAUACUAGUGCAGAAAUCGCUGAGCUCUUUUCUUCUAUGACAAGCUGUGGUAUACUUACCAAGUCAUCCAACUACAUCAGAGACGAUGCGUUUACUUUGGGAUGUGGCUCUCAGAGAUCUCUAACUGUGAGAGAACUUGCUGCAUUGCAGAGCAAAGAUACAUGGCCCAUUACUGAAUACGCGCGGUUUGUCUACAAAGACAUGUUGGUCACCACUUUGGACUACAGCAUCUCGUGCAAAAGGAACAACUCAGUCCUAGAAACGACCAGCGGCUUUGUUCUUGUGGAGUCCGUGGUUGUCGUAGAGAAGCGUUGCAGCUGUGAGAAAUCACCCGGCUGCUCCUGCAGAGAACUGGUUGUUUUCUGUAGAAAACUGCUCCGAGCGAACUCCCAACCAACAAUCCAGAACAAGCAGAUCAGCAAAAACAUUGCAGAGUUCCUUGUGAGAGUGAGGAGCUCGGAUGAACUGUGCGCCCUGGCGUGUCCGGACAUUGUUGCGAAAUGUUUUUUGAUAGAGCAGAAGGGUCGGCUGUAUGUAAUGAGAAUGCCAGUGCUUGAGAUAUUAUAAGUGUUCCUUUUCCUUGUCAUGCAGUUUUUUGUGUUGCCACAUUCACACAGCAGUGUUGAGUGAAAAACUUUAUUUUCUGUGAGAUGAUUAAAUAUUUACUCAAUUUAACAUUCCUGCAUUUUUAGCAGCGGUGGCUUAUUCACAUGGUGAGUUUAAGAUGUUCUACCAGCGAAGGGUAACCAUUCAGGCUUUGGCCUUUUUCCUGCCUCUGUUCCAUUGUCCAAUCAGUAGAAGGCACUAAUUCCUGUAGUACCGCCCUGGUCUCCAUGCUGCUCCCAUUGGCCUUUUAAAUAGAACUUCACAGAAAUGGCAUAAAAAUUAUGAAUUUUAUGGAUUCUGGGAGGGCUCGUCCCUUUGUGCCUUCAACAUACAACACAGAUCUAGUAAGCACACUCAGUUGUAUCACUGGAACAACAUUUUCAUUCAGUCAUCUUAGUUGUGAAGAAAAAUGAAACAACCAGGAGCAAAGACCAAAUCUGAACAAGUUUCUAUCAAAGGCAUAAUAUUUAAGCAAGGUUUCUUGCUCAAAUAUUAUGUGUGGAAAACCUGGCUGGCAGGCUGUGACCUUGCUCUCCCUGAUGGUGAUGAAUCACCAACAUGCACCACCUGCCUGAAAAGGUCAAGGAACAUAAGUUGUCCUACAGACAGUUUCUGGAAGUCUUCAGUGUCUGAUCCAGUAAGUGAAAGUUGAGAUGAAAAGGGUAAACAGUGCACCAUCACAACAGUAACGUUAAACUGGGCACCCAGUUUGAACAAUGAGCUCAGCAAAAAAACUUUGCACAACUCAUUGCGUGAUCCGUGUAAGUAAACAGUGUUCCCCCAUUUACACAGCAGUAUGGUGUGAUGAUACAUACAACUUCACCGCCCUGCAAUUUUAGUUUCUAUGAAAUAUCAUGAAGCACAUUUCUUAACAAGUGUUUACUGUUGCAUGACUUAAACAUGCGUUGUUAUUGUGUUGUAGAUGGUAUGUAUUAAAGCACAUUUCACACCAGGGUCAUAACGUUGAUCCUGCAGCGAUUUUACAGUUUUAUGAAAAUAAUUUUGUCAUAAGCAAAUGUAGUUUUUCUAUUCUGGUUUGAUUCUGUUCUCAUUUCUGUCAUAUAAAAUCAGAACAACUUGCUUUACCGUC